GAAGGUAAACCGAACUAUCGGUAGGAGGACAGACCACACAAUGCCACCUAAGCGCACCCCAUCGCAGGCGAAGAAGUCGCCGUCCGCCGCCGCCAGCGGGGCUGCCGGCAAGCGCAAGAAGCUUUCUUUCAGCGAGUCCACGCUGAAGGCGGCGUCGAGCGCGAUUCAAACCACUCACAUCGACACCGCCGUGUCCGCCGCGAAGCACGCGGCAGCCCCGGAAGCAGCGGCAGCGGCAUCAUCGAGGAAGCAGCAGCAGCAGCAGCAGAGCAAGGCCGCCCCCAAGCCUGCCCAGACUACAGGAACGAAGAAGCGUGCGGUUGCGGAUAUGCACGGGAGUGGGAUUGUGAAGGCGAAGCAGACAAAGAAGCGCGCCGCAGCAGCCGAUCUCGUAGAGGAAGACGCGGAGGUGGUGGCCGCCCCUGUCCACAGCGACGAUGACGACAACUCCAGCAAUGACGAGGCGGACAUGCUGAACGGUGUUGUGACGGCCUCAGCGGAGGAGGAAGAAAAUCUUAGCGACGUGGCGGAUGGCGCCUCUUCCAGCGACGAUGACAACGACGAGGCCGCGGCUGUGGCGACGAAGAAGAAGGGCCGGGGACGCCUCACCGCGCCGUACCGGGCAGUCCGUCUCAGCUUCCUGCCGGCGGAGUUCCAGGAGCCGCAGCUGUACAAGUUCCUCAACCAGUUCGGGGCGACGGUGCUCAACUGCUUCUGCGUGCGCAGCAAGCGCACCCACCGCUCCAAAGGCAUCGCCUACGUGGAGUUCGAUAAGGAGUCUGUCAUCCCCCUCGUGGUGGAGGAGUGCAACGGUAUGGCGCUCGGUGGUAUGUCGGUUCAGGCGCGUGCGGUGACGCUGCGCCAGCCGAUGCCGUCGCGCAAGCUGGUCACGCGUCGUCGCGCGCUCGCCUACGCCUAUCGCACGAAGGGUGCUCCGCUGAAGCAGCACGACGUGCAUAAGAAGAAUGCCGUGGGACUUCUCAUUAAGGCGGCGCGGACGGAGAAGGUGAACAACGCGCAUCUGAGGCAGCUCGGGAUUGACUUCCAAACCGACUUCUAUCAGUCGCAGCUAAAGUCGCUGCCGGCGGGUGUCUUUCGCAAGCCGGCGAAGAAGACGACGCCGAAGGCGAUGCCCCGGCCGGCAGCAAAGAAGGCGGCGCCGAAGAAGACGGCGCCCAAUAUGAAGAAGUGA